AUGCCGAGAAUGAGAGCUGUAUUUUGUGUAAUCAUGUUAUCACACAAUACUCCUGAACGAGGUGCACUAAUGGUUAUUCCAGGAACGCACAAGUUAUUUGUUAGUGGUGCGACUGAAACACCACAUAACCAACUUAUGAAGUCUUCAAAGUAUAAAAUUGAAGCUGGCGCAACAGAUCAAGUUAUUGUUACUGACUUGGCUAAUCAACAUGGUAUUCAAUAUUGCUUAGGUGAUGUUGGAACAGUUGCAUUUCUUGACAUCAAUCUGCUGCAUGGUAAUCAUUCCAACUUAUCUGCCUGGGAUCGGAUAAAUAUGUUGCCUGUGUAUAACGGCUCACAAAACAAACUUGAGAAGCCAUUCAGUGCUCCGUGGGUAAGAAGACCUGAAUAUAUAGCAGCACGUGACCCGGAUAACGUGAAACCGAUUCGCACGCUAUAA